GCCAAGUUGUUGUUGAUAAGAUGUUUUUCGCUAAACCGGCUUAAAGUUCAGAAAGGGCCGUGUGGCCCUUCUGUCGACUAGCUAGCUUAGCCAACGUUAGCUGCUGGCUAGCUUGCUAAUGACAGGACUGCAAUACUCUUUGCUUAAGCUGUUUGGUGCAUCAUUUUACCAGUGCAUUUGUUGCUCACUUGUACGCACGUCAUUCAUGAUUCUCCCAAGUUUGCAUGGUGACCCUUGCUAGCAGUUCUAUUGAAUGGUUGUUGUGUUGGAAAGUGUUAGCUAGCUAGCCAUAUAGCACAUUUUUCUCUUCAACACCACUGAAGUGAGUUACUCAUGGGUCUGUAAUUCCAUCAAGUUAUUAAUAGAGCUAUCUAAUUUCUAGCAGUGUUUGUAAGGAGUUAACUCAUUUAUGGAAAUUCAAUGCAGUAAGUUACAUCAGAUAAACAACGUCUUAAUGCAGGUAAACAUUUGCUUUUGCCCAUGGUGUUAUACUAUUUAAUAUUUUCCGAGGUUAUGAAGCGGGUACGCACGGAGCAGAUCCAGUACACUGUAGCUCAGUACCUGAAGCGGAGGCAGUAUGUGGACACUGAAAGUUCCCUGAAGGGGACUAAACUGUCCCAGUCCGCAGAGGAGAUGGCUGCCAACCUCACAGUGCAGACAGAGUCGGGGUGUGCAAACAUUGUCUCUGCUGCGCCUUGCCAAGCUGACCCUCAACAGUACGAGACCCAAUUUUCCAGACUUCGCAAUUUUCUUUCAGAAGCGGUGUUGCCAUGGGGCCAGGAGGUGAGCUGCGUCCUGUACCCACUCUUCGUUUACCUCCACCUGGACAUGGUACGCUGCAGCCUGAAGGGGGCGGUGGAUGGCUUCUACAGCCGCUUCCACAGCCUCUUCCUGGGGGACGCCGAGCAGCGCUCCACCGUGGAGCAGCUUCGCCAUGUCCUCACCCAGCAGGAUGUCACCGCCAACCCCAAGCUCCUGGCCUUACUCGACCACAAGUACGUGGUGAACCUGACGGAGCCGGCCUACAGUUACUUGUUACGCUACCUGCAGAGCGAAGACAACAAUACCCUCUGCAGGGCCCUCAGCACCCACAUCCAGGUAGAGGUCACCUCCUCACCACGCACCGACUACCAGCUGUACGGGACGACAGGUGCGGGAGCUACCGGGGCCACCACCACGGCCCCCAACUCUACCUCCUCGUGGUCGGGUGCGGAUGGCCCUGAGCGAGGAGAGGCGGCAGGGGUGGAGGUCCCCACAGGGAUCCCGCAGAGCGAGGUGGCCCUGGAGGCACUGCAGGACUGCAUUAAGAAGGUGCGUGAGGGGCCGCCGUCACUCACCACCGUGUGCUUCUAUGCCUUCCAGCACACAGAGCAGCUACUGAACACGGCAGAGGUGUCUGCUGACAGCAAGCUGCUGGCCGCCGGGUUCGACAGCUCGGCCGUCAAGCUAUGGAGUCUUAGGGCCAGGAAACUGAAGGCCAGGCCACACCGGACUGACGUGUCACACAUCCGCCUAGCAUGUGACGUGCUGGAAGAGGAGGCAGAUGAAGAGGACGGCUCAGGCAGCGAGAUCAAGACCCUGCGUGGCCACAGCGGUCCGGUGUUCCGCACAGCCUUCCUGACAGACAGCUCUGGCCUGCUGUCCUGCUCGGAGGACACGUCCAUUCGCUACUGGGACCUGGGCAGCUUCACCAACACGGCUCUCUACCAGGGUCACGCCUACCCUGUCUGGGACGUGGACGUCAGCCCCUGCAGCCUCUACUUUGCCAGCGGCUCCCACGACCGCACCGCCCGCCUCUGGACUUUCUCCAGGACCUACCCUCUGAGGCUCUACGCCGGCCACCUAGCGGACGUGGACUGCGUCAAGUUCCACCCCAACUCAAACUACCUGGCCACAGGCUCAACGGAUAAAACCGUCCGCCUCUGGAGUACCCAGCAGGGGGCGUCAGUGCGCCUGUUCACAGGCCACCGCGGCCCUGUGUUGUCCGUAGCCUUCGCGCCCAAUGGGAAGUACCUGGCAUCGGCGGGCGAGGACCAACGGGUGAAGCUGUGGGACCUGGCCUCAGGGGCUCUGGUCAAGGACCUGAGGGGCCACACGGACAGUGUCACCAGCCUGUCGUUCAGCCCCGACAGCAGCCUGGUGGCCUCCUCUUCCAUGGACAACUCAGUCAGGGUGUGGGACAUCCGAAACUCCCACAGCACAACACACGCGGAUGGCUCGUCCAGCGAGCUGGUGGGGCUCUACACAGGCAACACCAGCAAUGUGCUCAACGUCCAGUUCAUGGCCUGUAACUUGCUCCUGGUGACGGGAACAGCGCAGGAGAAACAUGGACAGUAGCCAUUUUGUUUUGUUUGGUCUGUCUGUUUAGUUUUGUUCAAAACUAAAAAAACAUGGUCACCAUGGAGACAUACAUGUUUUCUUCCCUAAGCCAAUCACAGAGAGGCUUAAUUUCAGGCCAAAAGGUCACUUGCUAAAAUUGCCCACUCAAGGUUGUUUUUGACAAGAUCUCUGAGUAGAAUAAGAGCUGUUAAUCUGAACAUACUGCAAAAAAUGACUUGGUUUUAUUUUGAUGCUUAUAUCCACAAUGCCAAAAUGAGAAGUUACAUGGAAGAGGGUAGGGAAAGACUUUUGAUUUAUGGCAAUUUCACUGAGAACUACCUGAUGGGUCCUACUAGUGAGACCUCAACUUUUCAGGCUCAAAUGUUUCCAAUAAAUUUACAUCAAAGUAGAAUGUUAGCUUGGCAUGAUUACGGAUGAGGAUUGCAUUUUGGGUCUAGUGCCUUGGUCAACACCUGUUUUAUUCGGUCACGCACAAAAUUCACAUUGAUCUUAAAAAUGGGUCUCUGGCUAUUCGAUUACUUGAGUUGUUUAAAAUCUGCAUCUCCCCAGAAUUUGUCCUCAUGUUAAACAUCAUCACCGCUAAUUGAGAAUGUUGGUAUGCUAUAAAAUGCUGAACUGUGAUCAAUAUGAGAGUAGUCACAGGGAAAGAAUGACAGCUGUACUUUGUUUCUUACCAUUCUGUUAGUGGCAUUAUUUGUAAUAUGCUGAGAAGUGUAAAUAUAUUUUUGUAAUCUCUGA